AGGACACCCACCCUGCUCGCUUCGUCUUUCCAAACCCACCUUCACUCGGCGCCUCGUAAAGGGCAUUUCACCGGUCCAACGGCCGUGCAGCUGCUGGGCGGACCCGUGUUUUAGACGCAGAUUUAGCGCUAAAGAACCGCAUUGUUUUUCGGAGCUGACAAAGUAAAAGAAGCGAGAGAAAGGGGAGAGACAUGGCCACGACAACCUGUACGCGAUUCACAGACGAGUAUCAGCUCUACGAGGAGCUGGGGAAGGGAGCCUUCUCAGUGGUGCGCAGAUGUGUGAAGCUGUGUACAGGACAGGAGUAUGCCGCCAAAAUAAUCAACACCAAAAAGUUAUCUGCAAGAGAUCACCAGAAGCUGGAAAGAGAGGCUCGGAUCUGUCGCCUGUUGAAACACCCCAACAUCGUUCGUCUUCAUGACAGUAUAUCAGAGGAGGGAUUCCACUACCUCCUGUUUGACUUGGUGACCGGAGGUGAACUGUUUGAGGACAUCGUAGCCAGAGAGUAUUACAGCGAGGCCGAUGCCAGUCAUUGCAUCCAGCAGAUCCUGGAGGCAGUACUUCACUGCCAUCAAAUGGGCGUGGUGCACCGGGACCUGAAGCCAGAGAACCUGCUCCUAGCAAGCAAAUGUAAGAACGCCGCAGUGAAGCUGGCUGACUUUGGCCUGGCCAUCGAGGUGCAGGGGGAUCAGCAGGCCUGGUUUGGAUUUGCUGGCACACCGGGAUACCUGUCCCCUGAGGUGCUGAGGAAGGAGGCAUAUGGUAAACCUGUGGACAUCUGGGCCUGCGGGGUGAUCCUCUACAUCCUGCUGGUGGGUUACCCUCCUUUCUGGGACGAGGACCAGCACAAGCUGUACCAGCAGAUCAAGGCUGGGGCUUAUGAUUUUCCGUCCCCUGAGUGGGACACAGUCACCCCAGAGGCCAAAAACCUGAUCAACCAGAUGCUGACCAUCAACCCAGCCAAGAGGAUCACUGCUCAAGAGGCCCUCAAGCACCCAUGGGUCUGCCAACGGUCCACAGUGGCGUCCAUGAUGCACAGACAGGAGACCGUGGAGUGCCUGAAGAAAUUCAAUGCCAGGAGGAAACUCAAGGGGGCCAUUCUUACUACCAUGCUGGUUUCUCGAAAUUUCUCUGUGGGCAGCAGGCAGACCACCGCUCCGGCGUCUGUCACUGCGGCCGCGGCAGCAGUGGCUGCAGCCGCCGGCACCACCGCAGGGCUGGUGGAACAAGCAGCUAAGACCUUGCUCAACAAAAAGGCAGAUGUCAAGCCCCAGACAAACAGCACCAAAAACAGCAUAGUCACCAGCCCUAAAGGAAACAUCCCUUCACCUGCUCUGGAACCUCAGACAACUGUCAUCCAUAAUCCAGUGGACGGGACGAAGGAAUCAUCGGACAGCAGCAACACCACUGUGGAGGAUGAAGAUGUGAAAGCCGCCGCAAAGUUUGCUGACCUGCUGGGCUCAGUGCGUAGGGGCUCAGGGCCCACGCCUGACGGGGAAGGGAGAUCCUGCACUCCACCUCUCGCUGCUUUCUCCGCCCCCUCCCCUCCACACACCCCCGUCGUCCCCAUGCAGAUGUCUCGGCUCACAGACCUGGUAAGCAGUGUUCGCAGGGUGCCGGCGGCCCCUGCGCCCGAGAGCGACGCUGCACCGGCGCCGGUACCCAGCGCCAGGCCCACCCCUCUACCUGCACACACCACCUCCUCACCUCCCCCUCACUCCCCCUCCAGCCCCUCCCUGUCUUCCUCCCAGACACGCAAACAGGAAAUAAUCAAGAUCACCGAGCAGCUGAUUGAGGCGAUCAACAACGGAGACUUUGAGGCAUACGCGAAGAUCUGCGACCCCGGACUGACUUCGUUUGAGCCGGAGGCGCUGGGCAACCUGGUGGAGGGGAUGGACUUCCACAGAUUCUACUUUGAGAACCUUUUGGCUAAGAACAGCAAGCCCAUCCACACCACCAUCCUGAACCCGCACGUCCACCUGAUCGGCGAGGACGCGGCCUGCAUCGCUUACAUCCGCCUGACUCAGUUUGUCGACAACCAGGGUCGGCCGCGGUCCAGCCAGUCGGAGGAAACCCGCGUCUGGCAUCGCAGAGACAGCAAGUGGCAGAACAUCCACUUCCACUGCUCAGGCGCACCAGCUGCGCCACUCCAGUGA